AUGUACAUAGAGGAUCUGGCCGAAUUCGAGGAGACGGUCCUGACGAGGUUUGAGAAACGAUUCUACCUCGGACUACAACGAAUACAACUUUGCCUCUACCUCCUGCUUGGCUGCUUCACGGUAAACCGACCGAGCGCCAUCCUGCACCUGCGCUACAGGGACCUCAAGGUCUCCCUGCAGCGCGACCCUGACGGCGGCAGGCAUAGGAUCGCGAUCGCCACCACCCACCGGUUCACAAAGAAGUAUCUUGGCAUGAAACAGAUAAAUACAUUUGUCUUCCCUGAGAUAAUCAACGACCCGUCUCUGAUGCUGAGCAUCCACACCUAUCUUCUCGGCAUACUCCUCGACGAUGAUGCGUUCAAGGCGCCCAACCUAAAGUCGAUGGAUGACAUACAGCGCCUAGCGAUAGGUAAGAACCGACAGAAGAUGGAUGUUCCACUCAAACCCUCCAAACUAGACCACUACGUGUUCUAUUUUGGCGAGCUGCUCAGCUAUCUUGAAGUCAUGUUCAUGCGCCGUUUCAGGUACGGCAGCGGGACGAGAAUCAACAAAAGCGGCGAGUUCAGCGAAGCGGAACAAAACCUCAUCAUGAACCACGCCAACAUUGGCACCUUCCUGAGACACUAUCUCACGCGAGAAGUCCACCAGCUGGACCGGGUGAUAAGAGGCCUCGGCCGCGACUCCGCGAUAAUACAAGCGAUGAGCCGCAUAGGUGCCUCGAUCGACCGCCGGCGUCCACGUGAUAUUCCGCCCGAGCUAAAGGCCACAAUCAGCACGGACCCGGAGGUCCAGGAAGCCAUUCAGAAGCUAGAAGCUUUUAAGAGUCGCGACCUAGACGACUCAAGGAAAAAUCAUGAUAAGCUCGACCAGCUAAAGAGAAGGGUGGUCAUUGACAUUAAGCACCAGCUUUCCGGGAAGGCAAUGGACGAGGAGAAGAGGGAGACAUUAGGUAUGGAGCUGCCGCCUAAGCUCAUCGACCUCCUCGACAAGCUAAUAACUUGGCCAGUCUCUGAAGACGUAGAGGCCGAGUGGAAGCGUCGAAACGCCGCCGUCGAAGCCGCCCACACAUACUGCAGCGUGCGCGAGGGAGGCCCCCAGAAGGGGAGGCCGCCAAAGCGAGCUGCCCCCGACCCGCUGCCCGAAGUUGACGUCAAGAGGGUCAAGGCCGAGGAGCCCCCCCGUAAGAGUGAAGCCGUCAGGGCGCGAGAGCACAUCGUUUCGGUUGCCUCCGGGGCGGAGGAAGCCAACCGGCCACGCGCCUGCUUCCACUGUCUCAAGAUGUACGCAAGACCGCAGGAGGUGACAAGACAUCUCCGGAGCGACUACCUCCCCUACCUCCCAGAACAGGGGCCGAUCAAAUGCCCUUUCUGCGGCAUCAAGCUGGAGCACAAGCAGCACCUACGGGCCCAUGUGGAAUUGAUGUAUCGGACGCUGACGUAG